AUGGGGUGUCUAAUUUAAAGCUGUUCAGACUGGGGUUUGGUUCACACUUACUUUUGUUUGGACAGAAACAAAGCCAGGCUUCGAGCGGAUGCUGGAGAGGAACUUGCAGACACAGUUUUCCUAACUUUUGUGUGUGGAGCUUGAAACAGAGCGAUCGAGAUGCGUGGCCUGUUUUCUACCAUUUUUCUGCUCCUAGUGGCCUUGAUGAUUGUCACUACAGAAGCUGGAAAAAACAAGAAAGAUAAAGGUAAAGGAGUGAAAGGGGCCUCAGACUGCACAGAUUGGCGUUUUGGGAACUGUGUGGCUAAUAACGGCGAUUGUGGAAGUGGUAUGAGGGAGGGGACUUGCAAUGAUCAGAUCAAGAAGCUGAAGUGCAAGGUUCCCUGCAACUGGAAGAAGGAUUUUGGGGCUGACUGCAAAUACAAGUUUGAAAUUUGGGGUGAGUGUGACGCUGCUUUAGGCAUGAAGAGUCGCACUGGCACCCUACAGAAGGCUCUCUAUCAUGCUGAGUGUCAGCCUGUCAUUACGGUCCAAAAACCCUGCUCAACCAAGAACAAAGCCAAGUCCAAAGGAAAGAAAGGGAAGGGAAAAGGAAACUAGAAAAAGGAGACAUCCAGCAAUGGAAGUGUGAAGACCAGACCUCCAAAUCCUAGCCUUUCAAUUUUCUAGCUCUCUGACACUCUUUUUUUUUUUCUCUGUUGAUAUGUCAUACACUAGACACCCUUUUUUUACAUGCUGUGUUACAGUUUUAGAGCAUAGGAUUGUGGCCGCUGUGAUAUGAUUGACAGAUAUUAUAUGACAUCCCUGUUCCACAAGGGAGUAUGAAAUGCUGAUGUUUAGAGGAAAACAAUCCUUUGACUCUUUAUAGAAGACAGAAAUAUUACUCUGUCAGAAUCUCAGUUCCCGUUUGACACAAGAACUGCUCUCUCUCUCUCCUCCCCCCCCCCUCUCUCUCACACACACACACUCACAGAGAGUGAGAGACCAGCCUGUGUACUUAAUGAUUUGUCAUAUAAAUGCUUUUUUUAAUUAAAAUUUGAUGAGGAUGCAGUAGAGUUACCUGAAUAGUUUAGUGUUUUUUGAAGUUGUACUGCUUUUUGUAGGAUCAGUUUUACUUAAAAUAAAUGAUAUUGUGAAAGUACAAUGCAAAUUAUAAUAGAAUAUGCUACCAUCAUUGAGCCUGCCAGCAUAUUCUGGCAACAUGGGUGAACCCUUAUGCUUGUGGCAAGUGUUUCCAGGAUUUCUGGAUUCACUCAAACACUGACCAGGAUAAAGCACCUCUGUGCUUUUAGCUAAAAUUUCCAUUUUUAAUUAGGAUUCACACAGCCAAAGUGCAGUGGCAGUGUCAAUUUGACCAAAGCAUAACAUUCAAUGUGUCAGAAAAGCACACAUAGCAAUCUAGCAAUUAAAAUUUUACUAGUCAAACUGACCAUUUGUUAAACUAGUCCUUUGUCUAUACAAUAUUUUCUUUGCACAGAGAUAGUAAGGUUAGAAAAUCAAUAAAGAAAUGUUUUACAUGG